AGGAGGGGAGGGCGAGGCUUACACCCAUUUCUCUAUAAUAACUGCACUAAUCAUUUCCCUUCCAGUAACUUUUUAAGCAGCCCCGGGGACGUUAGAGUUUAACCAGCGCUGCAUACCGGUGUCAAAGGGUAACGUCAGCUGAGCUGCCAACAUGAAGAUGGGGACAUCCUUCAUCCAAUCGAUCCACGCCGCCAUCUCCAUCCGCAACCAAUGGGCUCGGGAGGCCAUGGCCGAGAUGCUGUCCACCUUCAUUAUGAUGCUGUUUGGUUUGGGCUCAGUGGCGCAGGUGGUUCUGGGUAAGAAGCACUAUGGACAAUACUUCAGCAUUAACCUUUCCUUUGGAAUCGGUGUCACGAUGGGGAUCCAUGUGGCCGGGGGGGUAUCCGGAGCUCACAUGAACUGGGCCGUGUCCUUAACGAAUUGCGUCUUGGGGAAUCUUCCAUGGAAGAAACUUCCCCUUUAUAUGGUAUCACAGGUCGCCGGAUCCUUCCUGGCCGCUGCGGUGGUGUUCUUCGUCUACUAUGAGGCCCUGGACAACUACUGCGGGGGGAAUUUCACUGUAACUGGAGAUUUGGAAACCGCCAGUAUAUUUGCCACCUACCCACAGCCGUACCUGUCUAUAGGGGGCGGAUUCCUGGACCAGGUGGUGGGAACGGCGGCACUUAUGUUAUGUAUUUUGGCCAUCGGUGAUAAGAAGAACAGCCCAGCCCUGGAUGGCAUGCAGGCCGUGGUAGUCGGGCUCUUGGUAACCGUCAUUGGAAUGUCUAUGGGCAUGAAUUCCGGAUACGCCAUCAACCCUGCCAGGGACCUGGGACCCCGAAUCUUCACUGCCGCUGCAGGGUGGGGGCUGGAAGUGUUCAGGGCUGGGAACUACUGGUUCUGGAUACCUAUUGUGGCCCCUCUAGUGGGCGCCCUGACCGGGGCUUUCCUGUACAAGCUGCUGGUGGGACUUCACCAUCAGAAAGACCAGGGGGAGAAAAAGUUACAGGAGGUGGAGAAGACGAACACAGAGAUGGUGAACUGUGAACACAUGUAAAUUCUGGGACUAUAUAAGGAGAUGGGACCUUCAAUCUCCACUCACACAGCACUGGUUGACAUU